AACAAAUCAUUGAUUUUUGGUUCAACCUAUUGAUUUGAGAUGGCACGAAGCUAGCCAACAUUAGAUAAAGCCCACUUGCAAAUAAUUGAAGCGGCUAAUAACCAUGAAACAUUUUGUUCUAAUUCAUAAGGCAAGACAAACUGUUAAGAAAGUGGGUAGGUUGGCCAGCAUUAGAUAAAGCUCCCUCGCAAAUAAUUGAAGGAGCUAACAGGAAAUAUUGAGAUAGAAAAGGAAAAGGAAAGGGAAACUAUGACACACUUCGUUCUAGUUCAUGGUAUGUGUCAUGGAGCUUGGUGUUGGUACAAGAUUGUGUCGCUGCUCAAAUCAGGCGGCCACCGUGUCACUCCCUUGGAUCUUGGUGCCAGUGGAAUCAACCCCAAGACCAUCACUGACUUGGCUUCCUUGUCCGAUUAUGCGGAGCCAUUAAUGGCAUUAAUGGCCUCUUUGCCUGAAGACGAGAAAGUGAUACUAGUGGGUCACAGUUACGGUGGGGUUAUCAUUUCCUUAGCCAUGGAAAGCUUCCCCAUGAAAGUAUUGGCCGCUGUUUAUCUCACAGCUUUUAUGCCGAAUCAUGAUUCUCCUAUUGCGACUGGAGUAGCUGAGUACUUCAGAAGGGUUAUGGCGGAGCCGCUCAUGGAUUUCCAGUUAUUGUUUGAAGAUGGGUCGGAAAAUCCACCAACUCAUGCCUUAUUUGGACCAAAAUACAUGGAGGCAAUGGUUUAUCAACUCUCACCAAAAGAGGAUAUAGAAUUGGCCAACACGUUGCUGAGACAAGGAAAGUGGUUCAUGAAAGAUUUGUCCAAGGAAUCUCUGCUAUCAAAAGAGAAAUUCGGAUCUGUUGAUCGGGUUUAUAUAGUUUGCAAAGAUGAUUUGCUGAUAAAAGAAAGCUUGCAGAAAUGGUACAUCGAAAAUAGCCCUACAGAUGAUGUGAAAUUCAUAGCUGGUGCCGAUCAUAUGCCCAUGUUUUCCAAACCCCAGGAGGUCUGCAAAUGUCUCCAAGAAGUUGCUGAGAAGUAUAACUGAUUCUACCAUCAAAUAUUUCACUUAGCCAACUUCGUAAUCAAUAAAUAAAACAAGUGUUCUAUGAUGUACGGAAUCAAGUUUUAAUACUCGUAACUUUUAUAAGCAACUUAUAAUAAUUAUCUGUCAAUAAAAAUAGUUCUUUAAAUUCCUGUCGAAAUAAA